UGGCUCUGGCUGCACUGUAAACUUCGCGCAUCCUGUUUAUGCUGCAUGAGAAACACUUAGGAAUGCUUCCUGGAAGCGUCCAGCCCCCCCCCCCAUUAUCAUUCCCUCCCCCAGCUCUCCAGGACGGCUGGAAUCUAGCACCAGAUCUCCUGCUGCUGCGGUUCUGCUAUUUCACAGAAGCUGCAGGCACACAGCGAAGCUGUGCUAACUAAGGCGACUUGUCUGUCCAUAUCUUCCCAGCACCAGCCACACGUGCCUGGUAACCCCUUCCAGCUGCUUUCUGUAAGAAUGAGGCUGCUAGGCAGGCGCUGCGUCGCUUUCCACACUUGUUUGAUUGUGGUGAUUGCUCUCUCAGAGGCCAGGACAUUUUUGUCUCAGCAGUAUGCCUCCGAGUUCCUGGUUAGGAAACGUCGAGCCAAUUCUUUUAUGGAAGAAAGUAAGAAGGGAAAUUUAGAAAGAGAAUGCAUUGAAGAACUGUGCAAUAAAGAAGAAGCCAGAGAAAUAUUUGAAAAUAAUCCUGAAACGGAAUAUUUUUACCCCAAAUAUUUAAGCUGCCUCGGCUCCCAUCGAGCAGGGAUUUUCAGGAUUACUGAUGUUAUUUCAGGUUCCUCAACUGACCUGAGAAACUGUGUGAAAGAAAUUUCAGACCAAUGUAGCCCUCUGCCAUGCAAUGAAGAUGGAUAUACGGAAUGCAUCGAUGGGCAGGCCAAAUACACUUGUGUCUGUAAACCAGGCUGGCAAGGAGAGAGAUGUGAAGAAGAUAUAAAUGAGUGUGAAGACCCAGCAAAUAAAAAUGGAGGUUGUAGCCACAGCUGUACUAAUUUUCCUGGAAGCUAUCGCUGUUCCUGUGACAAUGGAUACUAUAUGCUUCCAAAUAAACAGGACUGCAAAGACUGGGAUGAAUGUACGAUACAUCCAAACAUCUGUGGGACAGCACAGUGCAAGAACAACCCUGGCAAAUAUAAAUGUGAAUGUGCAGAAGGCUACACAUAUAAUUCAACUUCAAAGAAUUGUGAAGAUGUGGAUGAAUGUGCUGAAAACACUUGUGCUCAAGAGUGUGUCAAUUCUCCAGGAAGCUAUGCCUGCUAUUGUGAUGGCAAGAAAGGGUUCAAACUUUCUAAGGACAGGAAGCACUGUGAGGCUGUUCCAGUUUGUGUCCCUCUGAAUCUUGAAAGGAAUUAUGAAUUGCUUUACCUGGCAGAACAAUUUAUAGCGAUCCCUGUGCUAUACUUAAGGUUUAGAUUGCCAGAAGUCACCAGAUUUUCAGCAGAAUUUGAUUUCCGGACAUAUGAUACAGAGGGUGUUAUACUAUAUGCUGAAUCCUCUGACAGCACAGCAUGGUUCUUGCUUGCUCUUCGUGAUGGGAAGAUCGAGAUUCAAUUCAAGAAUGAACUUGGAACAAAAGUCACCAGUGGUGGCAAAGCCAUUAAUGAUGGUCUGUGGCAUAUAGUCUCAGUGGAAGAAUUAGAACACAGUAUAAGUGUAAAAAUAGCAAAAGAAGCAGUGAUGAAUAUCAACAGCCCUAGAAGUCUGUUCAAACCAUCAAAUGGCUUCCUGGAAACUAAGGUGUACAUUGCAGGAUUACCUCGCAAAGUCGGCGACACACUCAUUAAACAGCUUAACCCUCGACUAGAUGGGUGCAUUCGUGCCUGGAACCUGAUGAAUCAGGGAAGUUCAGGCAUAAAAGAAGUUAUUCAAGAAAAACAAAGCAAACACUGUUUAGUAACUGUGGGGAAAGGGUCCUACUACCCUGGCACUGGCAUGGCACAAUUUCAUAUAAACUAUAAUAAUUUUACCAAUGACAAAGAAUGGCUAAUAAACAUAACAUUGACUAUUCGCCCAUCCACAGGCACUGGUGUGAUGUUUGCCUUGGUCUCUGGCAAAACAGUGCCUCUUGCCUUGUCCAUAGUAGACUCCAACUCCCCUAACUCACAGGAAAUCAUUGUGACUAUUGAGAACGUCAUUGUUGCCCGGCUGGAGUCAGAGAGGUUGUGUACCUCCAAAAGAAUGCUGCUAGGACUCAGAGUAAACAAACAGCUGCUUGAACUGACUGCUGAUUCACAAACACAAAGCAUCAAUUCUGAGCAAGAGCAACAACUGUCCAUCCUGGAUCAAGUAAUGAAGGGACCUAUUGUUACCUACUUAGGUGGCAUUCCAGAUGUUCCCAUUGGUGCUACGCUGCUGACGGCCUUUUAUAAUGGCUGCAUGGAGGUAAAGGUCAAUGACGUACAGCUGGAUCUGGAUGAAGCCUUCUCUAAACACAAUGACAUUCGAUCCCACUCGUGCCCACUGAUUGCAAAUGAAAUGAAUGAAUUCUUAAACUAGCAUUCUCCCUUCAGAUAUAAUUUGCGUAAUGAGUCUCAUGUCAUAAUGAAACCUGUAUUAUUUUACUCAAGAUGUUCUGAGAAAGGAGUUCAACUGGAGUGUUUCUAUCUCCUUAAUGUAAUUUGGGACGAUUAAAAAACUCCCACUUUUUUCAGCUAUAAAAGGACAUGAUGAAGACUAAAAUCCUGUGAAAAUGUUCUUAUCCGUGUCAGUGAUUAAAUCUAGUUUAAAGAUAUUAAGAUUUCUUUUGGGUGGAACCAUCUUUUUUUCACUAUUGUUGCGGUUCCCUUUUUGUAUUUUACCCAGCUUGAAGAGUCAAAUCAGGCCAGUCUGGCUGUCACUUUUAGUUCUGAUGCUUUAGCACAAAGCUGUGGUGUUUGGGUGGCAAGCGCUACCAGCAAGUUUGAAUCUAAACAUUGUUUUCAUUUAACUUUCUAAAACAAAAUGUAUGAAAAUGUCUUAGAAGGUUUUGGAAAAUGUGUGCUUUGAAAAGUCUAAAGUUAUAAGCCCAAGGUCCCUGUCAGACUUCUGAAUCACAGCAUUAUUUUGGGGAGCAACAUCCAACCCCAAGCUUUUAUUAAAUAUCACAUAUUUUCUAAAAAGAAAGAAAUUCGUAAAGUGGCUUUGAAAUCCUUAUAAUGUACUGGACCAACUUUUCCACUCAAAGCCUCCUUUUAUAGGUACAUUUCAGCUUGUGUUACACACUUCCACAGAACAUAUCAAAAUGACACAAAAUGAUAUUUGAUUACUCCUUGGGACAGACUAGCUUGGGGUUAACAUUAAUUCUUUCCAUGUUUUCCAUCAAGGAAUCCCAGCAUUGUACUUUGUUAGAUUCAGAGCUCCGUUAAGAGGGACACACUGCCACACUUAAAAAUUAAUUCAGUACCAUGCUAUUAUCAGAAAACAAAGGCCAGCAGUUUUAUGCGGGUGAGUUGCACGGAUGAAGCACCAUCAGUCAGAGUUACAGGACACCAAAUUGGAAUUUACCAAAUAAAGCUAGGGGCUUCACUGGCAGACGAACAGACUUCUCCAUUCAUGAGGAAUCUCACAGUCCAGAGUUUCCUAGUCAUUCCUUCAUACAGAAAUCUGUCGAACUAGUUCUCUCCUCAGGCCAAUCCCUCAAAACUGGGGAUAAAAUCCCCAUCACUUCUGCUUCUGGGGACCUAUAGAGAGAGGGAUACAGCUGUGUUUGAAAGCCAUAUUUCAGCAAGAGUUGUUUAUUUACAUGAAUCCCGAAAUUUUACAGCCAUGUCACACUUAAAGCCAUAUCCGCUCUCAGCCAGAUUAACAAGGAAAGUUGAUUAAGGCAGGAAGGAAUGAGUUUUCUGGGAAAUAUCCAGUUCACACAUUUCUGGCUUCCUUAAUCUCCUCUGAGUGGGCUUUCCCUUCCCUGUCUCAUUUUCACACAAGCAGUAAUUCCGGCUGCUCUAGCAUUUUAGUCAAGCUGAACAAGCAAACAAAGGAGAGAACAGGCAUAAGCAGUGACUACCUUUCACCUCCAAUCACAAAACUAUUAUCUGUCAAAAUACCUGAAUUGGGGUUUGCUUCCUAGGGGCCUAAUUGUAAUAUAUUUGUUGCCCCAGGAUUAGAAAUUUACUUACCAGGAGAUGGAUCAUGCCAUUCUUACUCACUUUGAGAACUACCUUAAUUCCUCUGGGAAUUCCACUAAAAUAAACGGGUUUCCUUGUGGUGUGAGGUACUGCACAGUGUAAACGUACCUCAAAGCAUAAAAUCUGGGCCUAACUUUUCAACUGUAUUUUGUCAGCUGCUUUCCCACCUCCCUCUUUAACUUCACUUCUCACCCUGGCCUUACUAUAUAACAUGAUGAGUAUAAUGGAUGAAUGUUUGCUAUGGUUUCCCAGGGAAGCCAGUCUCAGGUCCCUCACAGAGUUUGACUCGGCACCAGUACUGCUGCUCACUGAUAAAAGGAAACCUUAAAGAUCACUUGAAGCAAGUCUCCUAUGGCUAAUCACCAGUCAGCUAAUGACCCACCACAGUGAAGUGUAACAUGAUGCAAAAUUGCUUAAGUUUCCAUCUCCUUUAAAUACUUAUGGAAAAAAUGCCAGCACCCACUGCACUUACCUUAUUUGGACCCAAUUCAGUAAAGCACUUAAGCACAUGCUUAAGGCUAAUUGAAAUCCAUUUGAAUUACAUGCUGAAAUGGGGCUUUGGUGAAGCAGACAAUCUAACCGUGCCAUUCAAUAAUUACUGCAUUUGCAAUUUAGUAGCAAAAGCCCCAGAAACUCAAAUUGUCUUCAGGAAAGUAGAUCUUAUGCUUGUUCAGCUUCCUUAUCUUCCACAACAAUCAUAGAAACAUUAAAUAAGAAUGUCAACAUGACAGACCUUUAUGUCAACAUGUGUACAACACAAGAAGAAAAGUUUGGAUUUUUUGUUUUGUAAAUCCUAGAGAGACAGGAAAUUAAGGAACAUAGGAAAUAGUUAAGUCACACUAAAUCACACAGGUUUCUGAUCUGGGCACUAUCUGUACAGGAAACAAAAUACAGAUCCUUUAGUGUAUGCUAGUCUUAUGUAAAGCUCUGUUGGAUUUUUGAAUGUGCAAGUGCCUCAAUGUUUUAAAAAUGCAAUAAAGGCGUAUCUAGACGUUUCUUUUCA